AGGUUACCUAGGGUAUGAAAUAAUACAGGCUUGGAAACUCUGAAAGAACUUAGAAUCAUCAUUUUGAGAGCAGCAGCCUGGGGAUGCUGUGACUUUCCGAUCAGGGGCCAUCACAAUGUCAAAAUGCGGUUCAGACAGCAGCAACACAGACAUCGCAGACAUUAAAACGUAAGCUGUGCUAGAACAAAAAUGCAAUGAAAGAAACACUGGAUGAAUGAGAAACCCUGCUUUGCAACCCUCAGCAUGGCAGGCCUGCAGCUCAUGACCCCUGCUUCCUCACCAAUGGGUCCUUUCUUUGGACUGCCAUGGCAACAAGAAGCAAUUCAUGAUAACAUUUAUACGCCAAGAAAAUAUCAGGUUGAACUGCUUGAAGCAGCGCUGGAUCACAAUACCAUCGUCUGUUUAAACACUGGCUCAGGGAAGACGUUCAUUGCAGUACUACUCACGAAAGAGCUGUCCUAUCAGAUCAGGGGAGACUUCCACAGAAAUGGCAAGAGGACGGUGUUCUUGGUCAACUCUGCAAACCAGGUUGCUCAACAAGUGUCAGCUGUCAGAACUCACUCCGAUCUCAAAGUUGGGGAGUACUCAAACCCAGAAGUUAAUGCCUCGUGGACGAAGGAGAGAUGGAACCAAGAGUUUGCCAAGCACCAGGUUCUGGUUAUGACUUGCGAUGUCGCCUUGAAUGUUUUGAAAAAUGGUUACUUGUCACUGUCAGAUAUUAACCUUUUGGUGUUUGAUGAGUGCCAUCUUGCGAUCCUUGACCACCCCUACAGAGAAAUUAUGAAGCUCUGUGAGAGUUGUCGGUCAUGCCCUCGCAUCUUGGGACUAACGGCUUCCAUUCUAAAUGGGAAAUGUGAUCCAGAGGAGUUGGAAGAGAAGAUCCAGAAACUGGAGAAGAUUCUUAAGAGCAACGCUGAAACGGCCACCGACUUGGUGGUGUUGGACAGAUACACUUCCCAGCCAUGUGAGAUCGUGGUGGACUGUGGACCAUUCUCUGACAGAAGUGGACUUUAUCAGCGACUGCUGAUGGAAUUAGAAGAAGCACUUAAUUUUAUCAAUGACUGCAACAUAUCUGUGCAUUCAAAAGAAAGAGAUUCCACUUUAAUUUCUAAACAGAUCCUGUCGGACUGCCGCGCGGUGCUGGUAGUGCUGGGCCCCUGGUGUGCAGACAAGGUGGCCGGCAUGAUGGUGCGGGAGCUGCAGAAGUACAUCAAGCACGAGCAGGAGGAGCUGCACAGGAAGUUCCUGUUGUUUACAGACACUUUCCUGAGGAAGAUCCAUGCCCUCUGUGAAGAGCACUUCUCCCCGGCCUCACUUGACCUCAAGUUCGUGACUCCCAAAGUCAUCAGGCUGCUGGAGAUUCUCCGCAAGUACAAGCCGUACGAGCGGCAGCAGUUUGAGAGCGUGGAGUGGUACAAUAACAGGAACCAGGACAACUAUGUGUCCUGGAGCGACUCGGAGGACGAUGAGGAUGACGAAGAGAUGGAAGAGAAAGAGAAACCAGAGACAAACUUCCCUUCUCCAUUCACCAAUAUUCUAUGCGGAAUCAUUUUUGUGGAGAGGCGAUACACAGCAGUUGUGUUAAACAGAUUAAUAAAGGAAGCCGGCAAGCAAGACCCGGAACUGGCGUACAUCAGCAGCAACUUCAUAACCGGCCACGGCAUUGGGAAGAACCAGCCUCGCAACAAGCAGAUGGAGGCGGAGUUCCGGAAACAGGAAGAGGUCCUUAGGAAAUUCCGAGCACACGAGACCAACCUGCUUAUUGCAACCAGCAUCGUGGAGGAGGGUGUCGACAUACCCAAAUGCAACCUGGUGGUUCGCUUUGAUUUGCCCACCGAGUACCGCUCUUACGUUCAGUCUAAGGGGAGGGCACGGGCCCCGAUCUCUAAUUACAUCAUGCUGGCAGACACAGACAAAAUCCAGAGCUUCGAAGAAGACCUCAAAACCUACAAAGCUAUUGAAAAGAUCUUGAGAAACAAGUGUUCCAAGUCAGUAGACACCACGGAAACUGACAUUGAGCCUGUCGUGGACGAUGAUGAUGUCUUCCCCCCGUAUGUGCUGCGGCCGGAUGACGGGGGCCCAAAGGUCACCAUCAACACAGCCAUCGGCCACAUCAACAGAUACUGUGCUCGAUUACCCAGUGAUCCAUUUACUCAUCUGGCUCCUAAAUGUAGAACCCGGGAGUUGCCUGAUGGUACAUUUUAUUCAACUCUUUAUCUGCCAAUUAACUCACCUCUUCGAGCCUCCAUUGUUGGCCCACCGAUGAACUGCGUACGGUUGGCUGAAAGAGUUGUGGCUCUGAUUUGCUGUGAAAAACUGCACAAAAUAGGUGAGCUGGACGACCACCUGAUGCCGGUAGGGAAAGAGACUGUUAAGUACGAAGAAGAGCUGGAUCUCCAUGAAGAAGAAGAAACCACUGUGCCCGGAAGACCAGGUUCCACAAAGCGAAGGCAGUGCUACCCCAAAGCUAUUCCAGAAUGUUUGAGGGACAGCUACCCCAAACCUGAGCAGCCCUGCUACUUGUAUGUGAUAGGAAUGGUUCUAACCACCCCUCUCCCGGAUGAACUCAACUUCAGAAGGCGGAGGCUCUACCCGCCCGAGGAUACCACCCGAUGCUUUGGAAUCCUGACAGCUAAACCCAUACCUCAGAUUCCGCACUUUCCUGUGUACACGCGUUCUGGAGAGGUUACCAUAUCCAUUGAGUUGAAGAAGUCCGGUUUUACUCUGUCUCUGCAAAUGCUUGAGCUGAUUACACGACUUCACCAGUAUAUAUUCUCACAUAUUCUUCGGCUUGAAAAACCUGCACUAGAAUUUAAACCUACGGAAGCUGAUUCAGCAUACUGUGUUCUACCUCUAAAUGUUGUUAACGGCUCCAGCACUUUGGACAUCGACUUUAAAUUCAUGGAAGACAUUGAGAAAUCUGAAGCUCGCAUAGGCAUUCCUAGUACAAAGUAUUCCAAAGAAACCCCGUUUGUUUUUAAAUUAGAAGAUUACCAGGAUGCAGUUAUCAUUCCCAGAUACCGCAACUUUGAUCAACCGCACCGAUUUUAUGUGGCUGAUGUGUACACUGAUCUUACCCCGCUCAGCAAGUUUCCUUCCCCCGAGUAUGAAACGUUUGCGGAAUAUUAUAAAACAAAGUACAACCUGGACCUGACCAGCCUCACCCAGCCCCUGCUCGACGUCGACCACACGUCCUCCAGACUUAAUCUCCUGACACCUCGCCAUCUGAACCAGAAGGGAAAAGCGCUGCCCCUCAGUAGCGCUGAGAAGAGAAAAGCCAAGUGGGAAAGCUUGCAGAACAAACAGAUCCUGGUUCCAGAGCUCUGUGCGAUCCAUCCCAUCCCUGCAUCACUGUGGAGGAAAGCGGUCUGUCUGCCCAGCAUCCUCUAUCGCCUUCACUGCCUUCUCACCGCAGAGGAGCUGCGAGCGCAGACGGCGAGCGAUGCCGGUGUGGGCGUCAGGGCCCUGCCUGCAGACUUCAGGUACCCUAACUUAGACUUCGGGUGGAAAAAAUCUAUUGACAGCAAAUCUUUCAUCUCAAUUUCUAAUGCCUCUUCAGCCGAAAAUGACAAUUACUGUAAGCACAGCACAAUUAGAGUCCCUGAAAAUGCUGCACAUCAAGGUGCUAAUAGACCCCCCUCCCUUGGGAACCCCGACCAAACGUCUGUGAACUGUAGAACGCCCCUCACCGAGUCACCUGGUAAGCUCCAAAUUGAAGUUUCAACAGAUCUCACAGCAAUUAACGGUCUUUCUUACAAUAAAAACCUUGCCAAUGGCGGUUAUGAUUUAGCUAACAGAGACUUUUGCCAAGGAAAUCAGCUGAAUUACUACAAGCAGGAAAUACCUGUACAACCACCUACCUCAUACCCCAUUCAGAAUUUCUACAAUUACGAGAACCAGCCCAAGCCCAGCGAUGAAUGUACUCUACUGAGUAAUAAAUACCUUGAUGGAAAUGCUAACAGAUCUACCUCAGACGGCAAUCCCGCAGCGGCCAGGACGCCUGGCGGAGCACUCACGGGCGGGAAGGAGUCGGAGCAGGGCCCCUCUGGAGGCUACUCCUCGAGGACUCUGGGCCCGAACCCUGGACUUAUUCUUCAGGCUCUGACCCUCUCAAAUGCCAGCGACGGCUUCAACCUGGAGCGGCUGGAGAUGCUCGGCGACUCCUUCCUGAAGCACGCCAUCACCACGUAUCUCUUUUGCACUUACCCCGAUGCUCACGAGGGCCGUCUGUCAUACAUGAGAAGCAAAAAGGUCAGCAACUGUAAUCUGUAUCGCCUUGGAAAAAAGAAAGGCCUGCCCAGCCGCAUGGUGGUGUCCAUAUUCGAUCCCCCGGUGAACUGGCUUCCCCCAGGCUACGUGGUCAACCAAGACAGAAGCAGCUCCGACAAAUGGGAACGAGAUGAAAUGACAAAAGACUGCAUGUUGGCUAACGGCAAGCUGGAGGACGUCUGUGGGGAGGACGAGGAGGAGGCCGAGGCCGAGGCCCUGAUGUGGAGGACUCCCAGGGAGGAGGCGGACUAUGAAGACGACUUCCUGGAGUACGACCAGGAGCACAUCAAGUUCAUUGACAACAUGCUGAUGGGGUCCGGAGCCUUCGUCAAGAAGAUCAGCCUCACGCCCAUCGCCCCCACUGACGCCGCGUACGAGUGGAAGAUGCCCAGGAAGUCCACGCUGGGCAGCUUGCCAUUCCCCUCGGACCUCGAGGACUUCGACUACAGUUCCUGGGACGCCAUGUGCUACCUGGACCCCAGCAAGGCGGUGGAGGACGACGACUUCGUCGUGGGCUUCUGGAACCCGUCGGAGGAGAACUGCGGCGUGGACACAGGCAAGCAGUCCAUCUCCUACGACCUGCACACGGAGCAGUGCAUCGCCGACAAGAGCAUCGCCGACUGCGUGGAGGCCCUGCUGGGCUGCUACCUGACCAGCUGCGGGGAGAGGGCCGCACAGCUCUUCCUCUGCUCCCUGGGGCUCAAGGUGCUCCCUGUCAUUAAGCGGACGGAGCGUGACAGGGCUGCUCGGCCCACCAGGGACAGCUGUGGCGGCCAGCAGAGCAGCCUCCCAGCCAGCGGGGUGACCACAGCCACCUCCCGCCCCUCUGCGCCCCGAGACCAGCAGUACGGCUGCCUGAAGAUCCCGCCACGCUGCAUGUUCGACCACCCGGAUGCGGAUAAAACGCUGACCCACCUCAUAUCUGGCUUUGAGAAUUUUGAAAAGAAAAUCAACUACAGUUUCAAGAACAAGGCUUACCUUCUGCAGGCGUUUACGCACGCCUCCUACCACUACAACACAAUCACUGAUUGCUACCAGCGCUUAGAAUUCCUGGGAGAUGCGAUUUUGGACUACCUCAUAACCAAGCACCUUUACGAAGACCCUCGGCAGCACUCCCCGGGGGUCCUGACUGACCUGCGCUCCGCCCUGGUCAACAACACCAUCUUCGCAUCGCUGGCCGUGAAGUAUGACUACCACAAGUACUUUAAAGCCGUGUCCCCCGAGCUCUUCCACGUCAUCGACGACUUCGUGCAGUUCCAGCUGGAGAAGAACGAGAUGCAGGGCAUGGAUUCCGAGCUCAGGAGAUCUGAAGAGGAUGAAGAGAAGGAAGAGGACAUCGAAGUGCCCAAGGCCAUGGGGGACAUUUUUGAGUCGCUCGCGGGUGCCAUCUACAUGGACAGUGGGAUGUCUCUGGAGACGGUGUGGAAGGUGUAUUAUCCGAUGAUGCGGCCUCUCAUAGAAAAAUUCUCUGCAAAUGUGCCCCGCUCUCCUGUCCGAGAAUUGCUGGAAAUGGAACCAGAAACAGCCAAAUUUAGCCCGGCGGAGAGGACUUACGACGGGAAGGUCAGAGUCACGGUGGAAGUUGUCGGCAAGGGGAAGUUUAAAGGUGUCGGCCGAAGUUACAGGAUCGCCAAAUCAGCAGCAGCAAGACGGGCCCUCCGAAGCCUCAAAGCUAGUCAACCUCAGGUCCCCAACAGCUGAAGCCCCUUUUUAAUACCAACAAACAAAAA